AUGGCAUUUGCAACCUAUGCAAAUUUGGUUAAGUUUUUGUUAAAAGCACUAUAUAAAGGUGCAUAUGUAGCUCUAAGGUUCAGGAACCCGAUUGAAGGUGCUGCAAUGGUUUCCGCAACAAACACUGGUGGAUUCAUACAUGCGUUACCAGUUCUUGAUGGCAAGAACUAUGAUCAAUGGGUUGUGAGGAUGGAAGCGAUUCUUGACUUCCAUGAGAUUAUUGGCAUUGUGAAGGAAGGAAUCUCACAGAAAGAGAAAGAUGAUGCUACAAUUAUGAAGAAGGACUUCAAGGCAAAGUGUCUUCUUCAUCAGUGUGUUGAUCUUGUUGUAUUUGAGAAGAUUGCAAAGGCUAGUACAGCCAAGGAGGCUUGGAAAAUUCUGCAGAAGGCAUUUAGAAAUACAAGAAAGACCAAGAAGGUGAAGUUGCAAUCUUUAAGGAGGCAAUAUGAACUCCUUUCAAUGAGUGAUCAGGAAACAGUGGUUGAUUACUUCAACAGAAUGCAACUGUUGGUAAAUUCAAUGAAGACUUAUGGAGAAUCAUUGUCAGAUCAGAUGAUUGUUGAAAAGAUCUUGAGAACUUUGUCUCCUCAAUUUGAUCACAUUGUGGUAGCAACUGAAGAAUUGAAGGAUCUUGAAAAAUUAAAGAUUGAAGAACUGCAAAAUUCUCUUGAAGCUCAUGAGCAGAGGUUGAUUGAAAGGGAAAAUUCAGGGGAUUUGGAUCAAGCAAUGCAGGCCCAGUUUACCAAGAAUGAUGGAAACAAGAAGAAAUGGAAGAAAGGAAAAGGCAGUGGCAAAGGGAAUUGGUUCUCAAACAAAGAAAAAGACAAGAUUGGAGAUAAACCUGAAUCCUCUAAUAAAGGAGGAGGAGGGAACUUCAGAAAACAUAACAAGAAUUCUGAAGAAAAGGCAAACAUAGCUCAAGAUGAGGAUUCAGAAGAUGAACACCCUGUGAUGUUAGUGGCAACUAGUGAUAGCAACCCACAUUCUGAGGCUUGGUAUCUAGAUACUGGUUGUUCUAACCACAUGAUAGAUCACAAGGAGUGGCUUGGUGAUUUUGAUGAAAAUAGAAGAUCCAAGAUCAGAUUGGCAGAUAGCAGAACUCUAAGUGCAGAAGGCAUGGGGAACAUUCUUAUUCAGAGAAAGGAUGGGAAAACAACACUCAUUGAAAAUGUGUUGUAUGUUCCUGGGAUGAGAUGCAAUCUGAUGAGUGUAGCCAAUUGGUGGAAAAGGUAUUCUCUGUGUCAAUGA